AUGUUUGUGUCAGAUCCAAAACGACCGAACUUAAGUGCAGAAUAUCGUGCCUUCGAUACUAUACUCCAAAGCAUAGUUCGAGUCGAGUAUGAUCCAAUGAUGGAUCCAUUUGAAAGAGCCAAGGAAAUGCGUACAAAAUUCCCUUUCGGUGCAAUUAUUCCUCGUCCUUCCCAAUGUCAAUUCAAAAAUCAAAUAUUUGAAUACGAAGGUCAAACAGCUGAUGCCUAUUGGAUAAACAAUCUUAAUCAAGAAAAAAAUUGGGAAUCGAAUCGAAUUUUACUUUAUUUUCAUGGUGGAGGUUAUUUAUUAGGUGAUUUUCAAAGUUACAGUGGAUUCGAAUGUCAUUUAUCUCGUCUUUUCAAUAUGACUGUUAUCCAUUUGGAAUAUCGUCGUAUACCUGAAGAUCCAUUGCCCGCAGCUGUCCAUGAUGCACUCACGCUCUAUCGUUCACUUCUUCGCGAUGGUAUUUCUUCAUCUCGUUUGGUUAUUAUGGGCGAUUCAGCUGGUGGAGGUCUUACUUUACUUACUGUCCAAGCAAUUCUUGCUCAUCAGUUACCGAAACCUCGUGCAGUGAUUACUCUAUCUCCAUGGACUGAUUUGGCAUCAUCCGGUGAGAGUUUAACACGGAAUAGUCUAAUGGAUGUAAUGGUUCGUCCCGAAGAUCUUCCUUGGCUGAUUCAACAGGCCUUAGGUCCAAAUCAUGCUCAAAUAGCCCGAGAUGACCCCUUACAUAGUCCACUCUACGGUUCAUUCAAAGAUUUUCCUCCACUAUAUAUUACAGUAGGAACGGCAGAAGUAUUGGAGGACGAUUCAAGACGAGUGGCUAACAAAGCACAACAAGACGGAGUUGAUGUAACCCUCGAAGUUGGAGAACAUUUGAUGCAUGUUUAUCCGCUUUUUUUUUCUUAUUUUUGCGAAGCAAGCAAUGCACUCGGCAAUAUUCGUCAAUGGCUUGAAACAAAAUUUCAAUAA